CCCUCCCCCCCUCUCUCUCUCCGUGCCUGCGCUCAAACCCUCUCUAGGGUUUUCCCAUUACCAAAUCUGAUGUCUUCCUCGGCUACACUGUUGUGAUUUCGGCAGCUACGACGCAUCUUAGCUCGUUUCAGGUUUUGGCAUGAGCGCGAGGAUGACAGACUAUAGAAGCAGCUUGUAAACCUGUUUUCAAUGGAUGGUGGUUUUAUACCUGUGCCUCACUUUGUCCUAGAUCUUUGAAGUUCCUAUAUAUGAAGAGCCUGAGAAAUGGUUUAGCGUAAUAUUGAAGGGCUUUAUUUACCUUAUAUUCAUACUUAUUCUAAAUAGAAUUUGCUUGGGGAAAGCACCUGUUGCAACUAGCAAUGGGGUCUUCCUCUGGUACUUGUGAAAUUGUUGAAGCAGGGGAAGAGGUUAGUCCAGUUCAACAUUCUAGAGGAGCUUAUCAACUGAAUUCUGGGUUCAGGCUGGAUGGCAAUCAAAGGCCUCCUGUAGUGAAAUUGGGAUAUAAAGAAUCUCUCGAAGACGAUAUUAAUCAACUUUUUGAGGCUAUCAGUCUUAAAACUUCAUCAAAGGAAUUAGGUUCUUCAAACCAAGCAGGCACAAGCACCAGCCCCUUAAGGAAGAAUGCUUUGAAAAAGCCAAUUACAAUGGGCAUGGCCCAGUCACCAAGACUUGGAAACCAUGAGAAGUUGUCUCUAAAACAGGCAUUAAGGGAACUUUGUAUUUCUAAGGCAUCCGAAAUGGCUGCUACAAAACGUCUAUCCAAGUCAACCAGUUCUCCUCGGAUAUCUGAAGCUGAGAGGAUAAAGAGUUUGUUCAAUGCUGUUCUAGUCGAAGAAGCCAGGGGACCUGGUCUCUCCCAAAAUGAAAUGAGCGGAAGUAUGAUUGAAAUAUCAUUGGUGCCAGAGGAGGGAAAAUCAAACUCUUCCAGAAAGAUGCCGCAGCAACUUGAGUUGCAUAAGAAGAUGUUGCUGAACCAAACAGCCAAGUCUUCUCCUCAGUUUUCUGUUUCAACAAAGCAAAAUGGUAGUGAGAUUACACCAAUGCAAAAUGAUGUUGUCUCUGCAUCAAGGAAAGUUGAAACUCAGGCAUUAAAGUUGCCAAAUCUAAGUGCUAAUUAUUCUCCUCGUUUUGGUGCUCCAUCUAGACCCAAUUAUGUUGGGGAUACAUCUGUACAGAAUGAGAUUUUUUGUGGAUCAAGAAAAGUCAGAGCUCAGGCAUUAAAACCACCAAACCAAAGUACCGAGUCUUCUCCUGGGUUUGCAGUUUCGUCGGGUCAAAAUAGUUUUCGACUUGCUGUUCCAUUAGCAGAAAAUGGGACAGAAUCCAAACUGAUGCAGAAUGACAUUGUUCUUACAUCAAGAGAAGCAGCUGUGACCCAAGCAGUAAAGUGUGAGCUGGUGCCAAAAGAGAAGCUGACACCUUCACCAUAUCCAGCUUGUUCUGAUAUUGACGACCUUAUGUUAGAGCAGGACAGAAAUGCUCCUGAGUCAACCAAGUUACCGAAUAAGGCAUCAUCACCAAAGUCAAGGCGAAAAGGCAGGUUGCACACAGUUCCUCCUUCUAGUUCUGUGAAUCCUACCCGGGUAAACAAGUCAAGUAGAAAUACUCCCCUUCUAGUGAAGCCGGUUCUCAGGAACAGGAGUUUUGUUAAGAAGAAAGUAAAGCAGAAUUCAACUUCUGCUGUCCACAUGUCUAAUUCACCCAAAGUAAACAUUGAUCCUGAUACAAGUCAAUUAGUUUGCCCAAAAUGCCAAUGUACUUUGCAAAAUGCACUGAAUCAAGGUUCUCCAGCUUCCCACUAUGUCAAUCUUCGUGCUGAAGUUGGAUCAACUUAUGUGACCUCUGGUGCAAGCAAGCCAGGCUUCAACUCCAGUAACUGUGACAGAAGUGGAGAUCCCGGUGUGAAAGUAAAGAACCAUAAGUCAAAAGAAAAGGGAGAGUCAUCCCAUAGCUCAAAAAGCAGCCUUGGUGAGUAUAGUAGCAGUACAACUAUCAGUGACGAUAGCAAUUUAAGUGGGUCUAGUUGUGGCAACAGACCUCAUAUGUCGAAGGAUGUGAGGUGGGAAGCUGUCCGCCUAGUUAAGAUGCAGCAUGGGGUCUUACGAUUGGGACAUUUCAAUCUUUUAAAGAAGCUUGGUUGUGGUGAUAUAGGGACUGUAUAUCUCGCUGAGCUGAUUGGUGCGAACUGUCUUUUUGCAAUAAAGGUCAUGGACAAUGAAUUUUUAGCUAGGAGAAAGAAGAUGCCCAGGGCUCAAACAGAAAGAGAAAUAUUGAGGAUGCUAGAUCAUCCUUUUCUCCCUACACUAUAUUCCCAAUUCACGUCAGAUAAUUUAUCAUGUUUAGUUAUGGAGUAUUGUCCUGGUGGAGAUCUGCACGUUCUGCGGCAGAAGCAGCCCGGCAGGAGAUUCCCCGAGCCAGCAGCCAGGUUUUAUGUUGCUGAAGUCCUCCUUGCUCUGGAGUACUUGCAUAUGCUUGGCAUUGUCUAUCGAGAUCUGAAGCCGGAGAAUAUUCUUGUCCGAGAAGAUGGCCACAUCAUGCUCACGGACUUUGACCUGUCACUCAGAUGCACUGUUUCUCCAACUCUCCUAAAAUCGUCUUCAUCAGAUGCGGUACCAGCGAAGAUUUCUGGUCCAUGCACGCAGUCUAACUGCAUGGAGCCUUUCUGGAUUGAACCGUCCUGUAAAGUUCCGUGCUUCAGUCCUAGGUUUUUACCUGCUGCAGCAAAAGCAAGGAAGUUGAAAGAUGAACUCGCAGCGCAGGUUAGGUCAUUGCCGCAGCUUGUGGCAGAGCCUACCGAUGCUCGUUCCAAUUCCUUUGUUGGAACCCAUGAAUACUUAGCUCCCGAGAUCAUCAAAGGUGAGGGCCAUGGAGCUGCAGUCGAUUGGUGGACUUUUGGCAUAUUCCUCUAUGAGCUUCUAUAUGGUAGAACACCCUUUAAAGGUUCUGAGAAUGAUGAAACGCUGGCCAAUGUGGUGUUGCAGAGCCUCAAGUUCCCGGACGGCCCUCUUGUUAGCUUUCAGGCAAGAGAUCUCAUCAGAACACUGUUAGCGAAGGAGCCGGAGAAUAGAUUGGGCUCAGUGAAAGGGGCUGCUGAGAUCAAGCAGCACCCAUUCUUUGAAGGCUUGAAUUGGGCAUUGAUACGUUGUGCCAUACCACCAGAACUGCCAGAGUUCUAUGACUUCGGAUAUUCAAGUGUGAAUUUUCAGGAGAAGAGCGAGUUUCUAGAGUGUAAAGCUACGGGAGAGCACCUUGAAUUUGAGUUGUUUUAGUGAAAUCUUAUUAUUGAUCUUUGAAUCCGAUCGAUGAAGGUUCUCCUCUCCUCUUGUAAUUAGCAUUUAGCUUAUAAUGUAAAUCUGAUGAGAAUAUUGUGUACAAGCUUUCAUCGUUGCCAAGAAAAGUUCACCUGGCAGCUGCAUAGAAGAUACAUGGCUUGAGGUUAUCAAACUUA